ACGCGCUCCCUCCGCUCUCCCGCAGAGCUAUGUCAUGCGCAGACCAGCAGGGGGCUCCAUGAGGAUUUAUGGAAGAUGCCCCGCGUCUCGGCGCCUCUGGUGCUGCUUCCCGCGUGGCUCGUGAUGGUCGCCUGCAGUCCGCACUCCCUGAGGAUCGCUGCGAUCUUGGAUGACCCCAUGGAGUGCAGCAGAGGGGAGCGGCUCUCCAUCACCCUGGCCAAGAACCGCAUCAACCGUGCUCCUGAGAGGCUGGGCAAGGCCAAGGUCGAAGUGGACAUCUUUGAGCUUCUCAGAGACAGCGAGUACGAGACUGCAGAAACCAUGUGUCAGAUCCUUCCCAAGGGGGUGGUCGCUGUCCUGGGACCAUCCUCCAGCCCGGCCUCCAGUUCCAUCAUCAGCAACAUUUGCGGGGAGAAGGAGGUCCCCCAUUUCAAAGUGGCCCCAGAGGAGUUUAUCAAGUUCCAGUUCCAGAGAUUCACAACCCUCAACCUCCACCCCAGCAACACCGACAUCAGCGUGGCGGUAGCUGGGAUCCUCAACUUCUUCAACUGCACCACCGCCUGCCUCAUCUGUGCCAAAGCAGAAUGCCUUUUAAACCUAGAGAAGCUGCUCCGGCAAUUCCUUAUCUCCAAGGACACACUCUCGGUCCGGAUGCUGGACGACACCAGGGACCCCACCCCACUCCUCAAGGAGAUCCGGGACGACAAGACAGCCACCAUCAUCAUCCACGCCAACGCCUCCAUGUCCCACACCAUCCUCCUGAAGGCGGCAGAACUAGGGAUGGUGUCAGCCUAUUACACAUACAUCUUCACUAAUCUGGAGUUCUCGCUCCAGAGGAUGGACAGCCUCGUGGAUGAUCGCGUCAACAUCCUGGGAUUUUCCAUUUUCAACCAGUCCCACGCUUUCUUCCAAGAGUUUGCCCAGAGCCUCAACCAGUCCUGGCAGGAGAACUGUGACCACGUGCCCUUCACGGGGCCCGCACUGUCCUCGGCCCUGCUGUUUGACGCCGUUUAUGCCGUGGUGACCGCGGUGCAGGAGCUGAACCGGAGCCAGGAGAUCGGCGUGAAGCCCCUGUCCUGCGGCUCGGCCCAGAUCUGGCAGCAUGGCACCAGCCUCAUGAACUACCUGCGCAUGGUAGAAUUGGAAGGUCUCACCGGCCACAUUGAAUUCAACAGCAAAGGCCAGAGGUCCAACUAUGCCUUGAAAAUCUUACAGUUCACGAGGAAUGGUUUUCGGCAGAUUGGCCAGUGGCACGUGGCGGACGGCCUCAGCAUGGACAGCCGCCUCUACGCCUCCAACAUCUCCGACAGUCUCUUCAACACCACCCUGGUCGUCACCACCAUCCUGGAAAACCCGUAUUUAAUGCUGAAGGGGAACCACCAGGAGAUGGAAGGCAAUGACCGCUACGAAGGCUUCUGUGUGGACAUGCUCAAGGAGCUGGCGGAGAUCCUCCGGUUCAACUACAAGAUCCGCCUGGUUGGGGACGGUGUGUACGGCGUGCCCGAGGCCAACGGCACCUGGACGGGAAUGGUCGGGGAGCUGAUCGCUCGGAAAGCAGAUCUGGCCGUGGCAGGCCUCACCAUUACGGCUGAACGGGAGAAGGUGAUUGAUUUCUCGAAGCCAUUCAUGACUCUGGGAAUUAGCAUUCUUUACCGAGUUCAUAUGGGACGCAGACCUGGCUAUUUCUCCUUCCUGGACCCAUUUUCUCCGGGCGUCUGGCUCUUCAUGCUUCUAGCCUAUCUGGCGGUCAGCUGCGUCCUCUUCCUAGUGGCUCGGUUGACCCCCUACGAGUGGUACAGCCCCCACCCGUGUGCCCAGGGCCGGUGCAACCUCCUGGUGAACCAGUACUCCCUCGGCAACAGCCUCUGGUUUCCGGUCGGGGGCUUCAUGCAGCAGGGCUCCACCAUCGCCCCUCGGGCCUUAUCCACCCGCUGCGUCAGUGGUGUCUGGUGGGCAUUCACACUGAUCAUCAUCUCAUCCUACACGGCCAACCUGGCAGCUUUCCUGACCGUGCAGCGCAUGGAUGUGCCCAUUGAGUCAGUGGAUGACCUGGCUGACCAGACCGCCAUCGAGUAUGGCACGAUUCACGGAGGCUCCAGCAUGACCUUCUUCCAAAACUCCCGCUACCAGACCUACCAGCGCAUGUGGAAUUACAUGUACUCCAAGCAGCCGAGCGUGUUUGUGAAGAGCACGGAGGAGGGGAUCGCCAGGGUGUUGAAUUCCAACUACGCCUUCCUCCUGGAGUCCACCAUGAAUGAGUACUACCGGCAGCGCAACUGCAACCUCACCCAGAUUGGGGGCCUGCUGGACACCAAGGGCUAUGGGAUCGGCAUGCCCGUCGGCUCGGUCUUCCGGGACGAGUUUGACCUGGCCAUUCUCCAGCUGCAGGAGAACAACCGCCUGGAAAUUCUGAAGCGCAAGUGGUGGGAAGGGGGCAGGUGCCCCAAGGAGGAGGACCACAGAGCCAAAGCUCCUGCAUCACUGCCAAAUUCCAGAGAAGAAUCCUAACAUUGGGAUGAUGCCACCGAUCCUGAGUCUUUUUGCCAGGUCUCACUUGGCGCUGGUGAGAACCACAACAUUACCCCUUCACUUCCUCUCCCCCUAUUUCUUUCCCUGCCUCUAGCUCGGUGACCGUCUCCCCUCAUACGCAGCUGAGAAACGAAAUGGCAGAUCAUGUGGAAGACUGGAGAAUUACAAAAAGAAGCAGGCUUCAUUCCAAGCUGCUUCAUUUUCUUCUGCCUUGCCUUUUCAAAAACAUUUAUUUUAUUUAUUUUCUCACCAUCUCCUAUAAAAAGAAAUAUCGCUAGCCACUCGCAGAUGCCAGCAUCCCAAUUCAAGGGGAUUGGAUUACCGAAGGCUUUGCAAAACAAUCGCCAGACAAAAAGGUAGUCGGUGAAUUCCAAAGAAAUUAAAUACUUUUAUCUUGAGAAACAGGCUCACAAUCAGGCUUCAAAGGAACAUAAAUACACCACCAGGCUGUGAAAAUCAGGGUCCUCUUUCAAGGAUGGAAAAGAGGCUGGUGGCGUUGACUCACAAAGUCCUUAGAGAGCAGGAAGUUUGCUGUCUGGCAUAGCGGGAAUGAAAAUGUGAGACAUCUUAGCGAGAGUGGGGGCCAGUGAUGAGGGGGUGGUGCAAUUCUGGGGACAUGUGCCUCUCUCUUUCUUCUCUGGGGACCCAGCACUAUUAUCCUGGUUCUCUGGUUUCUCUGGAGAGAGCCAGGACUGGAAACCUGAAUAUGGGAGUUUAGAUAGUGUCUCGAAGGGAUGUUUGCAGAGGAAGCCUCUUCCUAAUCAAAUUAGAUUGAUUUGGAGAGACAGAGAAACUCAGGGGUGGGAGCCAGAAAGCCUGAUCAGAAACAGAGGCAAACUGCGACCCGGUGUGUCUGCAUCAAAGGAGGUCAGCAAUUAUAAAGACGGCAGCCCCACUUUGUCUGGAAAGUGAGCCAAAAUUAAGUCAAUAAAUCAUUGAUUCAAAUAUUUGAUGUAAAGUUCCCAAGGAGAGAAAGGGAUUUUAUAAGUGGAAUUAAUGGCUUAUCCAUAGGACCCUCUUUUCCAAUGACUCUGGGGUGUGGGGUCCUAGGAAUGAACUCAGUCAUCUGGGAGCCAGGCUGAGUUCUGUAAUUGCACCCCCACCACGUGAGGGGCCAUGAGGGACCCAAGUUCUGGGGAGAGGCGGGGUAGGGUAGGGAUGAGGGCUCAGGCUCUGGCUUCUGUUUGGCUCUGGUGCUUGCCAGCCAUGGGGCCCUGGGCAACUUUACCUGAUUCUAGGACCUUGGUUCCUUGUCAGGAAGAUGGAGGUAAAAUGUGACAACUGUUAAGAUGGAAUGAAAAGGUUUAGGCUGGUAAGCUCGGUCAUAGUAAACAUUCACAAAGGGCAGCUCUAUUUCUAUAAACAUUAGCUGGGCAGUCAGGUUUAUCUAGAUUUCACAUCUUAGCUCCAAAGGCCUGGGCAAAUUUCUGAAGUUAUCUGAAUUUUGUGUUUCUUUAACAGUAAAAUGCUCUUUCAGUGGGCCUUCUUUAUGGUAUUUUUGAUGAUAAUUGAAUGAGAUAGUGAAUGUUUCUUUAAAAAUGAGAUGUUUGAACUCAUAUUUUGAUAAAUUGUGAAGUGCCUCUUCCAGAACUUGUGUUUUGAUAAAUUGCAGAAUUUAUCAGAUGCUUCUCCCAUCCUUCAUAUGUUCUGGGUCCCUGUCCCUACUCUGUCACUCUCUCCAGAAUCUGCUAGGUCUAGUCAACAGAUGUCACAGUGAAUACAAGAAGAAAUGGCAAACUUAGUGUUCCACAGGCCUCAGCAGCACAAACGUGACAAGUCGCUUUAUGGUUUCUGGGAAGGUCCCACGUGGGCACGUGAAGUUGCCAUUUACAACAGAUAAGUCCGUGGAGAUGGGACCGUUUAAUGUAUUUACGUGGAUGUAGAUGAAUGUGACUCUGAAAUUGUAAGUGCUUUAAAGUCAUGUUGAUCAAAAAGUGCAUGUUCUUGUCAGAUGUUUUCGAUGUGGAAUAUCGCACAGAACUUCAGCGCCAGGCACAGCGCUUAGUCCCUGGAAGCUCCUUAAGAAAGGUGUGUUGACUGACGUCAAAGACUGGAUUCACUGUCCCUUGGCAGGAUUGUGACACCAGUCUCUCCUCUCUCUGCGCCUGCUUCUGUGGCUCCUGUGGCCUCUGCCUCUUUGCUUUUCCUGUUCAAAGGAGCUUCCCUGCAUCAGAGUUGCAAAUUUCCACAGUGCUGCCUGGAG